AUUUCCCUGACAGAGCACCCUGUGCGCAGGCUUCUUUCGCGCUUACGCGCCAACCAAGCUCUACAGUCUUCAGCGUCGCCUGGUGAUGCUGGCAUCAGCAACGAGGCUGGGGAAAAGCGAAAUAGUCUCAUAGGAGAGUUGACCAACCGAAUUGCUGUACUGGCUGAGGAGGACUCAAGCCCGGACAGCGGAGGAGAGAGACGGACAAGCCGGCUCCCCGAAAGCAGAUCACCACAUCCGCCUGCCUCGAGAACGCCAGAGAAGAGCAUAAAGACAUCCGCAGGAAGUGAAACGAGUCCACGGAAGCCCAAGUUGACGACCAAAACUUCAGUCAACCAGAGGCCCUACUUCGCUCUGGACAGCAAGCCCAUCAAGAAGGAGAUUGUAAGCAACCGUGGAAUCCCGGCGUCAACGCCCUCCAGCCGGCCGGAGAGGACGAGCCAUAGCGAAGCUAGCGUCAUGGAGGACACAUCGGCAAUGCAUGUAGUGAAUCCCACAGGUCAGGAUGAGCCCGUUGAUCCGAGCAUGAGGCGUAAGCAAAGAUUCAAGGGCCAGUAUGAACAGGAGGGGAUUGAGGCGGGCAAGGGGUGGCAGACCAAUCGGUCCGAGGCUAAAGCCAAUGCUUCAACGAGCCGAGGACAUACCGAGGAUUUGUAUAUAGCGGUAGACAAGGGGCCAAAGCUGACGGCACACAAGCCCAGACCAUGUUCGGAGGCAUCAAAGGUAGAAGAGGCAAUCAAAUUGACAGAAAAUCAGGUGAGCCGAAUCAGUGUCAUCCCCACACUUGCAGGGAGAGGACACUAA